AUGCUCGAGCAACAACAAGCUCAACUGGUCGCUGGUCUCCAAGAAACAUACCGCCGCCUUGUCGAUGCAAACGUCUGGCCCGGAAAACCUUUAUCUGAAGCUAGCGGACAUCCUCUCACCCACGACAUCCUUGCAAGACUGGAUCUUCUGGAACCCAAAAACGAUGGCAGCGGAGAGCACGAAGAGUUUGAAGAGGACUGCCAGAAGCUUCAACAAAGACUGGUCUCAGAGGGAGCUUCUUUCAUGCUCAGAAGAAACUCUAGCGGCUACGAAUCAGAUCACAGCCUUCCUCGCAAGCAUGCUCGCACAUCUUCUCAUUCAAGCCUUCACAGCACACCGAUACCUGUAAAUGCUGCGCCAGUGUUCGACGAAAAGUUCUCAUUCCACCAAAGUGCUUCACCAUCGCCAGCCUCCCACAGCCCAGUACCUAAGAUGUCGCAACUACGAUCGCCAAUCAAGCCUUCACCUCUGCAUAAUGAAGCCAUCAACAACGACGAAUUUUUAUUGCCAUCCUGGCAAGAACAGUUCUCACUUCGCGGAUUAUCAGCUGCCGAUUUCAUGAGAUCACAAGUCGCAAUGCAAGUGCCGACGCUGCAGGACGGCUUCCAAGCGGCAAUGGCGUAUGGCAGCAACACAUUUGAACCUCAACUAGAAUACGACAACAUGAUGCCUUUCGGCAACCAAAACUAUGCCACACCUGCCCAAGGAUUCUUCAAUACUCAGGAUUGGAUGAACGAGCCAAUGGAAGUCGACUUCAGCAAAUUCGUCCAAGUGUCGACGUGA